UCCUCCGCCGGGGGCGGGACUUCCGCCCGGAGCCGGAAGCGGGGCUCGUGGGUCUCCCUGGCGCUCUCUCCCUCUCUCUCUCUUUCCCUCUCACUCCCUCAUAUGCGAGAGAAUUGUUCCUCCUCCUCUUCUUCUUCUUCCUGGUGCGGCUCCCUCUGCUUCCUCCUCUCCUCCUCCUCUCCCUCCUUCUUCCCUUCCCUCUCGCCUCCGCCGCCGCCUUCUCCUCCUCCUCCUCCUUCCUCCGUCGCUGCCGCCUCUCCUCACUCUCUCUCGGCCCUUCCCUGGGAUUCGGAGGCGGCGGCGGCGGCGGAGGAGAAGGAAGGGAAGGGGAAGGGGAGGGCGAGAGGGGCUCGGAGGACGACGACGACGACGAAGGAAGGACCCCGCCUGGCCUUCGAGGGAGACUCCGAGGCCUCGCCCGGCUGCAGGCUGACAGCUUAGACGGAGAUCGAUACAGUUCUCUUUGAGGAGCCAGAAAGCAGGCAGCUCAUGACUUCUGAUCAGGACACUAAAGUUGUGGCUGAACCGCAGGUGCAGCAAGUACAAGAAGUUAAAGAUAGUUCUCAUCUAGAGUCAGCCAAGGUUUCUGAGUUAAAUCCUAAUGCAAAAGUAUGGGGGAAUCAUAUGUUACAUGUGGAAGCAAGUGGUGCUGCUGAUGGCAGUGUGAGCAAAAACUGGGAAGAAAUACCGGAUCAUCCCCCAGAUUCCUGCAAAGAAGGGCUGGAAGCCAAUGGGGAUGGUGACAAAAAGCACCAGAAUGAAUCGUUAACUGAACUACAAGAGCCAUCACUAACAGCUCCAUUAUCAGACCAAACAGAUAUGAACCCUUUGGCUUUAGAGCAUUCAGAGUAUGAUUCUAUGCAUGAAAACACUCAAACAGGUGGUAAAGAGCAGCUGCAGCCAGAAGGUCAAGAAGAUUUGCGAGAAGUGCUUAAGAAAACACUGGAAUUUUGUUUAUCUAGAGAAAAUCUUGCCAGUGACAUGUACCUUAUCUCUCAGAUGGACAGUGAUCAGUAUGUGCCAAUAAUGACAGUAGCUAACCUCGAUCACGUAAAGAAACUGAGUACUGAUUUGGAUUUAAUUGUUGAAGUACUGAGAUCAUUACCUUUAGUCCAAGUGGACGAGAAAGGUGAAAAAGUCAGGCCAAACCAGAAUCGCUGCAUUGUGAUUUUGCGAGAAGUUCCUGAAUCUACUCCUAUUGAAGAGGUUGAAGCACUCUUCAAGGGAGAAAACUUGCCUAAGUUCAUCAACUGUGAAUUUGCCUAUAAUGACAACUGGUUUAUUACAUUUGAGUCUGAAGCAGAUGCACAACAGGCAUAUAGGUACCUUAGAGAAGAAGUGAAAACAUUUCAAGGAAAACCAAUUAAGGCAAGAAUAAAAGCAAAAGCUAUAGCUAUAAAUACAUUUUUGCCAAAGAACGGAUACAGACCUCUGGACAUGAACAUCUACACACAACAGCGUUAUACAACAUCAUUUUAUUUACCUCCAGUAUAUAGCCCACAACAGCAAUUUCCACUGUACAGUUUAAUUGCCCCACAGACAUGGUCAACAACCCACAGCUAUCUUGAUCCAUCACUGGUAACGCCAUUUCCAAAUACUGGAUUUAUCAAUGGUUUUACAUCACCUACUUUCAAGCCUACUGCUUCUCCACUGACUUCACUCAGGCAGUAUACCCCCAGACACAGAAAUCCCAGCAAAUCACAUAUACGACAUACAAUACCCAGUGCAGACAGAGGGACUGGACUUUUAGAGAGCCCUACAAUAUUUAAUUUUUCUGCUGAUCGUUUAAUCAAUGGUGUCAGAAGCCCACAAGCAAGACAGCCAGGGCAAAAUAGAACACGGAUGCAAAAUACAACAACUUAUACCAAGCGAGAAGUAGGCAGUGGACGCGUAGAACCCACCACUUCAGACGCAUCCCCAAGUUUAGGCAGAGGAAGAAAAAACUCAUACGGCUAUCGAAAGAAGAGAGAAGACAAGUUUACGAGAGGACAGACACAGUCUCCACCGCCUCCAAAACCUCCCUCUCCAAGUUUUGAGUUGGGAUUGUCCAGUUUCCCUCCGUUGCCUGGUGCUGCUGGUAACCUAAAGACUGAAGACUUGUUUGAAAACCGAUUAUCCAGUGUGGUAGUCGCUUCAUCAAAAGAAAAAACUCUCAACGUCAAUGUAAAUACAAACACUAUCCCACCUGGAAUUCCUCGAGAACCUUUGUUGCCAGUUUCUUCUACUCUGCCAGGGACGUUUGAAAGGUCUCCUUCCCCGUCCCAACCUCCUGAUAACCCCAAAAUUGUGGACAAGCAGCAGAGAGAGACACAAAAUAUUGAAAGACUUUCUUCUGUGCUCACUACCGCUUGUAAAUCAGUACAAGUCAAUGGGGCUGCUGUGGCAGAAUUACGGAAACCUAGUUAUGCAGAGAUCUGCCAGAGGACGUCUAAAGACCCACCUUCCCUUCAGCCCCCAAAAGAACAGAAGCCAAACACUGUGGGUUGUGGGAAGGAGGAAAGGAAACCCACAGAAACACUAGAGCGAAGCAAAGAAGCCCCUCCUCUGAAGUCUACUCCAGGGCAGCCCAAAGACCAGAGAAGACAGUCAGGACGCCGGUCGCCACCUCCAGCGGUUGUGAAACGCCCGACGAAAGAACAGAGCACUCCUCCCAAAUCACCUCAGUGAAACAAGCGCUUAGGAAGGAGUUCAGAAAAGUUCUUGAUAAUGAAGUAAACCUAUGUUGCCACUCAGAAAUACAAAGAACGAGUUGCUGGUUAGGCGCUUGCAGUGGGUAUUAAUCAUACAAAAUGCCUGCAAGGCUUUUUGUUUUUGUUUUUCUUCCUUUGUAAAAUAGAUUGCUCCUCCAAUUUCCUUGCUCCCCCACCAAAUCGCCCUUGAGCAAACAGUCUACUUUGUCAGGGUUUAAUUAAUCUAAACCUUACACUUUGGUUGGUGCUGAACUGGAGGUGAUGCCUAAAUCCUUUUUUUGUUCCUAGAUGGAAGGUGCAUUUGUCUGAAAAAUCAAUUUUUUUAUUAAGCCUCCAUGUUGCUGUGUGAACACAAGCUCUGUCUAAUGAGUUGUUUCCUAAUCUACUAAGCAGAAUUGUGCUGCUGUAGUUUUUAAAUAACCAAUCUACAUAUACAAAUAAAAUAAAUCAGAAGACUAAUAGUAGCAGCUAAUAUUUAGAAUGGAAAAGGAAAAAAACAGGUGUUUUAUAAGACAAAUUUGACUUGUUUCUUUUUAAAAUUCUGGCUGCUGUAGCAUAUCAGUAAAUAAACUGAACUUUUUAAGUUUGAAAAAAAAAAUACUUGAUUGUACUAUUUUAAAAAUUGACAUUUUUUUUCUUGGCCAAAUGUGAACCUCCAUAAAAUUUGCCUGUGAGCCUUCUCUAAAAUAUUUCUUUUGAUGGACUGCAAGCAAGUAACCAGCUUCUCAAUCCAGAAUAAUAUGGUUCCUUGAAUUUCAGGAAAAGAAAAAAAAGGAAAAAAAGCACAUUGUGAAUAAAAAAAAAUUAAAUGCAUAAGCCCUUGUAAAUGGCAGAUGCCAGCUAAUGGCUGUUUAUCACAAGACAGCACAAUAGCAUUCGCGUGAUGAGGAUCUCAGUUUUUCCCUUUAGCCAGAGGAAAUUACUUUUGAGCCACCGCUGUCUUUUCUGAUUUUUCCCUGUGCUCUGUGUAGGUUUUUAAAACAAUGCUGAAAGUGCUCUUUGAAAGAGUUCAUAUCUUAAUCAGCCUAAGUGCUGAGACCUUUCUGUACCUAUGAACAUUGGCAUAUGGAUUUAAUUUUUUUAAAGUCCAUGAGAUAAUGGAAUUCUUUUUUGUGUGUGCGUGUGUGCAUGUAUGUUGGAAGGAAGAGAUCCCUGUUUCUGUCUGGGGUGAGGUUUUUCACACUUGCUUACUUUAGAAGUGAACAUGCUUUCUGAAGGACAAGGAUGCACUAAAUUAACCAGUUUCUAAUAAAGUUGAAUAUAAAUUAUUUUUGUUUUAAAAUGCCUAAAGUUUUUUUUUCUUUUUUGAGUGUUGAAGCAGCAGAUGGUUCAGAUGAAAAUGUAUUCCUGCUGAAUACAGAUUAUUCCACACACAAAAAAAGGUUUAUUUAAACAACUGAUUUUUUAAAAAGAAUUAUUUCCAUCCAAUAUUUAAAGACUUGAAUUUUAUUUAAACUUGAAAAAUGACUUUGCCUUAACUUUUGUAUAAGACAGCUUAGAGUUACUGAAGUCUGACCCCUUCCAGGGUUAGUGUGGGUGGCAUAUACAGAAUUACUCAGUUACAGUAUGUAUGUAUUGUCACUGGUCUUACUGGGUAAACAUACUGUAGAGUACAGGUAGUAGCGGCAGUUUUUGUAAUAUACCUUAAAAGAUCUUAAGCAGUUGAUCUUUUUUUCAAAAUGUUGAAAAAAAUCUGUAAAUGGAAAUAGUCAAUACUGUAUUAAAUAUGUGCACUUGGAAGUGUGUGCUUUUGCUUGUACAGGUGUAAAUAAUCAGAACAUAUAAAAAGGUACCAUUAAAAAAACUGAUAAAAAUUAUUGAUAUAUUAUAAAUGUUGCUGUUGAGAUGGAUGUAGAUAAACUAAAUGUUGUGGUUUGAAUAUUACUUUAAUUUGUUUUUUUUCCUUGUUUCUUUUACUUUAUACUGGUGUGCUGAGCUGAUUCUGCAUCUUCACUGCAAAAGGGAAUUGGAGAAAGUCUGUCUUAAAAGCCCUGGCAUUUUUAAAACUUUCUGGAAGUGUGCACUUCAACCAAUGUGAUGCUUGGUUGUGCACUGUAAUUUUUCCACUUUGUGUUAACAAGCUGCAGUGAUUGUUUUGUUUUCAACUGAAUUGGAAAGAAACAACAUUGUAAGAGACACAUAGCCCAAACCACUCUUAGUUCCAAAAAUUAGCCAGUACAUAUCGAGGCUUUUAGAGUUCCACAUAUCUCAAGAGACCCAGGGCAAUUGAUUUCCUGACAUAGAUUGCUGCUAUUUUAAUUUCCCGCUAACAAAAUCAUACACAAAACACCAAAUAAAAAACCAGCCUGCUUUUUGGCACUGCAAAACUUAAAAAAGAAGCAAGCUGGGAUCUAUUUGUGACUUUCUGGGAAAGGCAUACUGUACUUGGAAAAGAUGCAGGAGAAGAAGGGGACUCUAAACACCAGGGAAAACCUCCAAUCUAGUACUGUUUUGGAAUUUUAGUCUUUAUCCUCUACCCAGCGAGCAGUGAAAAAUGACAGACUGGGAUGUGGUUGAGGCUAGCUGUGACAGUUCUUUGUUUGCCUGCUGAGAGUAUAAAGGAAAAAGGUGGCAGGCAAAUUGGGCAGUGGUCAUGGCAAGUUGUAUGUCAAAUCAAUGGCCAACUUAUAUAGUCAACAUAAUAUAUGCAGACCAGCAGGUGAGUCGCGCUGUACUAAUGUAUGUUGCUGCUGCUUCUGUUAGGUUAAUACACUGUAAUCCAUACCCCAGUAACAGCCCACAAAAAGAAUUUUAAGAAUUUACUGUGAUAACAUUUUUAAAUGCCAAAUAAAUGUCUCCCUUCACUUUAAUACCUACCUUUCAGAUAAUCUGGGGAUGCUGGCACAAAAGUGGAUACCCUACGGAUUGUUUACAUACAGCUAUUCAAAUCUGGUAUUUUGUUGUUGUUGUUUUUUCUAAUAAUAAUAAUAAAAAUAAAACCUCUCCCGAAAUCUGAGUUGCAGGUUUAAAUGGUAGGAACCAAUUACAGCUUGUUUUCUUUUCUUUAAGUUGUAGGAUUACCUUGCUUUUGAUAGGGAAGUGUAAUUUGUUCAAGGAAUGUAUUUAAGACAAAAUGUUUUUGCUUCUGAACACCUAACGCGUACAAUAACUUUACAUCAGGGUGCCUCACCUGUGCCCUCCCCUGUUUUGCAUACUGUCAUAGAGCAGCCAAGAAAUUGUCAAGCUCCAUUUUGUUCUUUAUGUUCUUAAUUUUGCUGCCUCUUGUCGGAAGGCAUAACCAGUUGGCAAAGAGAUGCAGUGGAUCAUGAGCAACAGCCACUGACCCAAAGGGUCCAUGGUCAUAACUGUGUUGCUUUCAGCUAGCUGCAUUUCUCACAUAUUGUGUAACUUACUACACUGAUAGCAGCAGACAAUCGAAGACACCUGCGAGCUAACAGCUGCCAAGACACAAAAGAGGAGGUGUUAUAUGGAGGCCUUUUUUUUCCUAAGUGUGUUUGUUUUUGUUUUUUGUUUUCGUUCUUCCAUUUAAGACUGGAAUCAAGCUUACAUGUAAACUAUUGGUAAUUUAAGUUUCCUUUUGUGUCAUAAAAUGUACAACUGUCUAAAUAUGUAGGUUAUGAAAAAUAAAGAUUUAGGCACUGUUGAAAUUCUCUUUUUUUAAAUUAAAACUUCUUACAACAGUA